CUCCUAUUGUUUCAGCAUUCAAUGAUAGGAUCCGACCGCUCCUUUUGUGUGGACAAGCUAAGGCAACUCUAAAGAAUGCAGCAAGACAUUAAGUUGCCUGCAAUCUUCAAGCUUGGACACCUCGACAUCAUGCUGGAAGGCGUUCAGCUGCCUACCAUCGUUUUGAUUGGUGAUCAGUCUUCGGGGAAAUCAGGUGUGGUUGAGUCACUUUCUGGAGUUAGACUUCCUAGAGGCGAAGGCAUCUGUACUAGAGAGCCUCUCAUCCUGAGGCUCCAAAAUCACAGCGAGACCAAGGUUUACUUGGAGUACAAUGGAAAGUCGGUUCCAACCGAUGAAGUUCACAUUACAGAUGCCAUUAUUCUUGUAACUAAUGAGAUUUCUGGACAUGGUAAGGGCAUAUCCAAUAUCCCGUUGAAACUCAUAGUGAAAAAGAAUGGUGUUCCCGACUUGACGAUGGUGGAUUUGCCUGGAACAACUAGAGUUGCAGUUCCUGGACAAACCGAAGAUGUAUUUGAACAAAUUUCAGGUAUUGUGAUGGAGUAUAUAACACCAGAGAACAGCAUAAUUUUGAAUGUUUUAUCAGCAACUGUCGAUUUCACUACU